AAUAGAGAAGUGCUACGUAAUGCAAGCAAGACAUUAUUUGAGAAAAAGUGUUAAUCUACUUUGAGUUUGGUGUGUUUGAUUUGUUAUCUGUGUAUAUUCUACUCAGAAUUAACUUGGAUACAUAAACUUUUAACAUGCCUUACGUCCUUUCAAGUGGAGAAGUAGCCAACAAGCAGCCAUGGGGCUUGGCAAAGAUUACUGCCUUCUUUUGGGGUAUCCUCAAUUUCUUCUUCAUGUUUUUCCGCACUCUGAUCAGUCCAGGGUCCAACUCAAGAGGAGAUAGAUACACACAAGACUUUAGACGCGGCGGUGGAGGACCACCUCGUCCACCUAGAAGAAACAUUGGAGGUUUCAACAACGUGUCUACGUUGCCCCCUCCUCCGUGCGGCGGCGGUGGAUGAGGUUAGAGUCCCUGUUGCGGCUUAGGCUGUGGCAGGGACCUGUCCAUGGUUGGUAUCACUGCAGCCGCAGACGAUAGUUGGUGCGACUGCAAGUAUGACGACACAUCCCGCAACCCCCGGGACGGAUGUGUCCGAUGAGUGCUAAAAACCUGGACCAUUAUGUUGCUGAUUAGUUUUACUGUGUAAAUAAUGUUUGUGAGUUUGGUGAAUGUGAUUCUUAAAGUUAAUAAAUACAGUAACAUUCUGUUAACUAAUUGGUAUGCAAGUUUUAAUAUUGUUGUAAUGAUAUUUUAGGGUUUCUUCAAGACUUCAUUUGUGCCUAAUUUGACCAUAUAUUACAAAAAAGAAAGGUUGAGUAGUUAAAAAACAUAGUUUUAUAACAGACUGUUUGUCUCGGUUUUUUGAACAUGAAUACUGUUUGAGAGCGUAUUUAAGUUCAAUAAUGUGCAAAAGACAUCUGGUGGUUACUUCCUUCUCAUUCUGUAGAUGACUGUUCCUGUAAAACACCAAUUUAUUUUUCAUAACCACCAGCUGUUCUGUUGUCUGUUGUUGAUAUUUGAAUAAAGAUCUAUUAGUAAAAAACUUCAUUUAACUGAACAUCUAUUUUAGCUUACGCUCAUCUUUAUUUACAAAAAAAAAAAAAAAAUUAAAUACAUUGUGUUAUAUUUUAAUAACCCUCACAUCACAAGGUAGAGAUUUGUGUUUCUCAAUUUUACAACAUACCAAAUGUUUAUUUGUUUUCUUUAUAUAGGUAUAUAUAUAUGUAUUUUGAUGUAUGAGAUACAACAACAUAAAGUGUUACUACAGUAUAUGAAUACACCUUGAUUUUAGUUUAUUUUAAAUUGUUAA